AUGUCAAAAGACAACUUGCCUUCGUCCUUCGAUUUCCGCUUUAUUGUCCUUAACACAAAAUCCCAAAAUUCGUACAUAAGGUCUAUGGAAACUUUAUAUGUGACAACUAAGGAGUUGAUUUACCAGGGAAAUUUUAUUAAAUGUGAUUCCAGCUGUCUUAUUCACAAUGUUUCACUCACUGAUUUAACCAAAGUCCAUUUUGUUACUGCGUUUUUGAUCCCGAAGAGGAUAUCCCUGUUCAAUGUAUAUCACACGCCCUCGUCCAAGAUCAGAUUUUUAAUAAAUUCCAAGGGAUUGCUAUAUUUAGUGCUGGAUUUGGAGGUGUUUAGGACCCUGGGUCUCUCCAAUUGUAAACUAGUCGAUCGCAAUAAAGAGGAUUCUGUUACCGUUGAAAUAGAUUUAACGGACCCUAAAUACACCAGUAAGGACUCUAAACUGUACCAGCGCCUGCAACAUAGCUUAUCAAAAAUAUCCCCAACCACUGUCGUUCUCUCUUCUGAAGCUCCGAAUGGAAUAGACUACGGGAAACUUGAGGAGUUAUUUGAGAAAACUUCCUCUGGGUUUAAAAUUUCUCAGUGCAAUUCCCAAUUUCAACACACCAGGGUACACAUAGGAUCAAAAGACGAACAUUUUAACACCAGUUUAAAGGCUCAGCACAGAUUUAGUCUCAAGUUUCUCAAUGAUAAUCUGAAUUUACUCAAAGAGUCAGGGGACACACAGGUGUAUAGAAAAAAACGCCGCAGACUUGAGACCUUCAAACCUGAACUGAGGUUUAAGUUGGAGGCUCUUGAGAGGAACAGGGAUGUUUUCGUUAAAAUUUUCAACGCUGUUAAGAAGAAUAGCACCAAGAACGAGCAAACUGUCAAGAACAUGAUACAUGAGCUGAACAAGAAGAACGUCCACUCUGAUUUGGAAGACCUAAACGAGAAUAACUCGCCCCUGAGUAACAUACUAGGGUUCAUCGACAAUUUGGGUCUUCGGAGCCUAAAAGACUCAGACCCUGGCUCUGAGGGCAGCUCGGAAUCUUUCGAGUUAUUGAAGGUAAACAACGGCAUUAUUUCAAAGGAUACUGUUUACGGCCUGUUCAAGAAGUCAUGUGAGGUUCUUCUGAGGGAGACUGAGGUUUUCAUAAUGUCCUUGUACGUAUUGUCUGAAAAUAAGAUGUGUUCCGAGCCGCUCGUUCAAGUUCGGCCGAACUCGGGCGGUUAUGUCCACAUCGUCUGUAGAAAGUCCACACACCAGGACGAAUUGGAGGGUUACGGGAUUCCUAGUCCAAUACGCGACUGA